UAAUAAUACAGUUGAACAGUUAUUCUGCCCAGAUUUAGAUCUUAAAGGUGAUAACAAACUGGUGUCCCUCAGUUUUACCCUAACAUGACUGCACUCUGUCACCUCCAUCCUUCCAGAUGUUUCUUCCACUCCUCCAGAAAGCUGCAAACACAACGGAUGAAGAUGAUGAUAUGUCCUGCAGAAGGUCGGCCAUCAUCAACAUGUCCACUGUUCUCGCAUCUGUGAAGAAGUGUCCCGAAACCUUCCAGAUGGCCCAGAUGUACCCAUACAGGACCAGCAAGGCAGCCCUCAACAUGCUGACUUGCUGUCAAGCUGAAGAUUUCAAGCACCAAGGCAUCCUGGUGACAGCCAUCCACCCAGGCUGGGUCCGAACGGAGAUGGGUGGACAACAGGCUCCUCUGAUGCCCCAGGACAGUGUGGCUGGAAUGCUGCGUGUCAUGUCAACACUGAGCAACAAACACUCUGGCCUCCUUCUGGACUGGGAGGGCAACACAAUCCCCUGGUAGAAAUCAUUGAAUCUCUGAAGCAUGAAAUCCUUCAGACUGUGAGAACAGCUCCUACAUCCUGUGAAAGAACCUGAUCCACCAAGACUCCAUCAUCCAUAAACCAUGUCCAUUUUAAAGGAUUCCCAGACCUUUUGGGAUGCUGAACAUGUAGUUUGUUUUGAACAUUUUAAUAAAGAACUGAUGUACUGGUUUAAA